AUGGCUCCUUACACUCGCCAGUCUCGCCGUACUGGAGGCAGAAUCAAGUCAGACACAGCUCUUUCAAGACGUGCUCAUUUGAUGUCUCCGCGGACAUUCAAUUCAAAGGAGAAAUCACCUUUCACUGCCAACAAAAGUGAUGGAAGUGUCGUCGGCUUCAAAUUCGUCGAGCAGCCAAAGACAAUUCUACGAAUCAGGCUCCGGAAGAGUGCGCAUGAACCAAGCGUGUCGCUAGCGACCAACUCAGUCAACCCCAACAAAUCAACCUGCCCGGGUAAAAAAAUUAAAAGCAAGAGAGGCUCCCUAGAGAACCGCACCGAUCGGCUCAUUUGGUUGCAACGACUUCGCUCUACGCCCCGCCGAAAAGCUGAACUUGUGGAAUCUCAUAAUUAG